AAUCCACCUUAACGCGGGGGAAAUUCUAAUCUACCGAUGGGAAAUUCUAUUCCGUCCUCAGAGUCUCUGCUACUCGAAUAUUUUUUUAUGUCGAAGAUUUAACGAUUUAACAAUGAUAAAAAAUAGGAACAAAAAAAUUUUCUUCGCCUCGAUAAUGAUUUCAUCGGAGAUCAUAAUUUCUUUCAUAGAAAUCAAUCAACGACGAGUCUCGUUUCCAAGAGAACGCGACUCGAAAAUAACUAGGCUCGAAUAUGCCUCAUUCAGGAGCCAAAAAAAAUGCCUCCAAAUUAUCGGAUGCCAGCAAAGACCAAUCCAGUCUCGUUGCGAAAAGUCGCUCAUCCAGAGUCGACCUUGGUGCAGGAGAGAUGGAAUGGAUGAAAGGAAAAGUUUUACUCAAACCCGAUGAUCAGCUCCAAUUGAAGGAUGACGAAUUACAAGAAGAAAUAGCCCGAGUGUUGACGGUCCACAAUCCGAGAAUUCCCGAUUCUCUGGUUGAGUGGUCAUGGAAGGAUCGUGAAUUUAUCAAACUGCCGAAUCCGCCACAUCUUGUAACACUGUUGAAUGUUCCUGGAACCUUGUUGCAUCGAGAAUCGGAGGAAGCGAAGCUUCAAAUUGCUGGAGGAUUCGUUGCCGAUUUUCAGGACGAGACGCAAACCCAGUCUCGGGAAAAACAACCGGACGAAGAGAAGGAGAAUGGCGAAGAGGAAGAAGAGGGUGAAGAAGGAGAGGAAGAAGGCGGCGAGGAUGCUGCGAAACAAGCAGAUUUGGCAGCCGACGAAACUGUCGAGCAAGAAGACGAGGUUGUGAUGAAAAAACCGAAAAAGAUACCGAACCAAUUCAACUUUUGCGAGCGGGCAGCUCUCACUUAUGGCAAUGUCGUUCGGGACAUGAGCACUCAAACCGCCCCUCCCCCUACUGCAACAUUCAAUUCUCACGUUCUCCAAUGGAUCAUCUUCGACGAGUAUCAAGAAGAUUACGCUCAGCAACAACGUGAAAAGGAAAAAGAAAGAAAACUACCGGCAGCCCAAACGAGAAAGGACGAUUUAAAAAAAAAAGCUCAGAUCGAGGCUGUCGCGGUAACGCAGAGGAUGUUACAAGCUGCAAAAACACUCGAACGAAUGGUCAAUCAAAAUAUAUUUGACGAAAUAUCCCAAGACUACAGAUAUUGGAACGAUCCGAGUGAUGAAUUCAAAGACGGCGAGGGCUCGCUUCUUCCCUUAUGGAAAUUCCAAUAUGAGAAAACGAAAAAACACGACGUAACUGACAUGUGCUUCAACAGUCGUUAUUACGAUCUUUUCGCCGUUUCUUUCGGCACAAUGUCGUUUCACAGUCCCGUUAAAACUGGGGUUGUUUGUCUAUUCAGUCUCAAAAACCCUUCAUAUCCGGAAUGGAUAUGUCCAACGGAAUCUCCAGUGAUGUGCCUCGAUUUUAGCAAACAACAUCCUCAUCUCCUCGUAAUUGGGACAAUGGAGGGUAGCGUUGCAGUUUAUAAUAUCAUGUUACCGCCUGCGGUACCGCAAUAUAAAAGUAACGACGUUGAGCAGAAACACGGAGGCAUUGUCUGGGAGAUACGAUGGGCACCGGAUACCGAGGAGGGUAAUUUGACAUUUUUCAGUGUAAGCAUCGACGGCAAAAUAAAUCAUUGGGUGCUCAACCAAAACGAAUUGGGUCUGACGACCGUGAUGACACUUUUUCUCGAUCGACCACCGAUUCCUGGACCCGAUGGUACACUGAUCACCCUUAAAGGCUGUGGCACGUGUUUGGCAUUUCAUCCCAAGGACAACGACAUAUUUCUCGUUGGCACCGAAGAAGGAACAAUCUAUAAAUGUAACACGGCGUACAGCAGCGUUUAUAUGAAAACCUACAACGAGGCUCACAAUAUGCCUGUGUAUCGAAUUGUUUUCAAUAAAUACAAUUCGAGUAUAUUCGCGAGCUGUUCGGGUGAUUGGAGAAUCAAAAUAUGGGAGGAUAACAAUCUGGAACCUCUCUUCAUGUUUGAUCUCGGUGUCCCAAUUGGUGAUGUACAAUGGGCACCGUACAGUUCGACAGUAUUGGCUUGUGUAUCGAACGAUGGCAAAGUGUCAGUUUUCGAUCUAAAUGUCAAUAAAUAUCGAUCGAUCUGCAGUCAACCUGUUGUCAGCAAGAGACGAAGUAAGCUGACGAGAUUAGCUUUCAACGAUGUUCUUCCAUUUAUCAUUGUAGGCGAUGACAAGGGCACCGUGAAUAGUCUCAAGCUCUCGCCGAAUUUACGAGUAAAGGUAAAGCCCACGAAAAAGCAACUGCAUCUUUCUGAAACCGAGCUUGAAACUAUGAAACUCGAGAAAUUGUUGAGUUUUGUACGCGAACCACCCGUACUUGUACCGCCCAAAGACGCCAGACUUUAAUCACUCCGAAUGAAUGUAUAAAAUAAAACAGUAAAGAAGAAACAUCCGGAGAUCGCCCAUA